AUGGAACUUGCCAAACUUGUCCUCACUGUAGCCAUGAUGAUCACUUUAGUAACGAAAACCAUCGGCGGCGGCGUGGAAACGAACCCUACUUUGAUUUCAUCAACCACAUCCCCGGAGGCUGGACCACCCGUGUUGCCGAAGCCGAAUGUUUCCAAGAGGGUAAGUCGUUUCCUCCAGCAAGGAGUUCGGAACCCUAGAGCCGCCGACCACUGUCACAAAGACGAAGAGGUUUGCUACAUUCAAGACGGCGCCACCUCCACUUGCUGCAACAACAAAUGCGUCUAUUUGGCGACUGACGACCACAACUGCGGCGCAUGCAAGAAGAAGUGCAAGUUCACACAGGUUUGCUGCCGGGGAGAGUGCGUCGAGAUUGCUUUCGACAAAAGGCAUUGCGGGGGUUGCAACCACCGGUGCAAACCCGGUGAAUAUUGCAUUUAUGGAAUGUGCAGCUACGCGUAA